AUGUCCCACUUGUCCAGCCAGAGCGCGGUAGCUCCAGCAGCAGCUCGACCCGCCAAGGCCGCUCACUACUCGUCGGCUUUAUCCGCUGCCCUCCUGCACGGUGCUUGGGCAGAUGGGCACGCCGGCAAAGACGCAAAGGGAUAUGAGGUGUCCUGGGGAGAAUUGGUCAGGAAGUGGGGCAAGCAUACCGGCGGCAAUACCGCUUUAGUGCAUCAUCUUCGCGACAUCUCUCUGCUAUAUCUCUCGGCACAUUCGACGGUCCAGACAUCUUCAUCGGGAUAUAUCACUGUCUCGACACCACCUAUAUCCUCGGCUCAGUCACCGCCAAAUACCUCGGGCAGCCAUCCCGUAGAUGGCCAGCACUCUUCCACAUCCUCAGCUGAUGCUGGAGACAGCUCUCAAUCCGGCUCUGGGUCUUCCUUCAUCCAUAUCCCACAUCCGCACCUUCGCCGACACAAGUCGAAGCCGUCCUUUGACGCUACCCGAGCUGCGACCAACGCAUCGGGACCCAGUAUCGGCGGCAGCACGGUCCGCCAAGCGGAGAAGGCCGCCUUCCUAUCUGCGUCGGACCUGGACGGUGAUGAAGGGGAGGGAGAGGAGUACUGGGCUGAAGGUAGUGGAUGGUGGAAUGGAGUGGGAAUGGAUCAGGUGGAGGAGGUGAGGGACGGGAUACGAGGAUCAGAAACUGCCUUGAAAAGCGGAAAGCUGAGCGAGGCCGAGGCGCAGUCUGCGCAUCUUCUACUGGCAUAUCAUCACCACGCAAUUGGCGACCAUCAGAUGGCUCUCACAAUCCUAGAGGGCGUGCAGUGGAGUUUGGAAGCUGCAGCUGGCGCAAACGGCGGCGAAGCUGCAACCCUGGAAAGAAUACGUGGAAGAUGUCUGCAAGGCAUGUCCUAUGAGCUGCUCGACCCCGCAUCCCCAGCGGCCCUUCAAUGCUAUAUAUCUACAAUCGCUCUCCUCGGAACAGCCUUCCCUUCCCCUACGCCAUCAUACCUCUCCACGUCCUCCUCGAUCCCUGCCGUUCGCCUCGCCUUUGAGCCAAACCGCGAGCUACACCGCUGGCUUGCGACAUCCCUCUGCCGCGCAGCGAUCAUCUCUUCUCGGCAGCCAAACGCCAUUCGCCAAACUCACCAAAUCCUCCGGACAUAUCACAACUAUGCCGCCUCCUGGCCAUCAUCCUUCCGCCCAAAUCAGCGUCAUCGAAUGCUGCUGCUGUACCUCUCCGCUCUGGCGGCCGGGUACCCCGUCGACAAUGUAAAUGCGGACUCGCCAUACCUCCUGUCUGGAGGCGAGACUAGCCUAUCCGCCCGAGCAGUGUGGCGGAAGGAAGCGGAAGUCGCUAUCCGAGACGGACAGCGCCUUCUUGCCCAGACGACCAGCUUCCCGCGAGCUGGUGCGAUCAACAAGCCCGUGCGGAGCUUUACCAGUCUCUGCGUCGCCCUAGCGGACCGUUCUCCCGUUCUCACCAUGGCGGUCAUCGAUAUCCUCUGGUGGUCGAUGACUCUGACAUUCCAGAGUCAGAGCGUCUUGCGUCAUCUCACUCGGCUCCUACACCGCAAAGACCAGGACACGGACGCGAGGCGGACAUUCGAGCUCUACGUCCAGUCGGUCCUCAAGUCCCGGCAGACCGCUCAGCCAGAGGCCUCGCUCUCGCUCAGAGACGACCCGUCGGAUGAAGCGCCGGAAGUUCCCGAGCAUGAUGAUUCAAAGGAGGCGACCACGUCCAUCAGCGGGGAAGAGGCGCAGGGAAUCGACAGCCAAAAGACGGAGGCAGAGUCGGAUGGGGACGAAGAGUUUGUGGAGGCGUUGCUUGUCGGUGUCAGGAUCAUCUCGCGGGAUCUGGGCGAAUUGGCGGAAGGGUGGAGAUAUGCUUGUCUAGCUAGAGAGGUGGUUAGUAGACUGCCACGAGGUGGUCAGGCGAAACGAUUGCGAGCCGAAGUGGAAGAGGUAUUGGGAAUCGUAAGAAUGGCGAUGGCCACAAUCGCGCAAGCCAUAAACCACCUGCUGACAUCGUGCAAACUCGUCCCUUCCUCGGGUGAGAUCCUGUACCACCUAUCCUACGCCCAAGCCGAGGCUCGCUCGAUCGACGAUGCGACACAGUCCAUACACACUUCGCUCGAACUCGACUCGGAGAAUGUCCAAGCCUGGCAUCUCCUUGCGCUGCUCCUCACUGCCAAGCAGGAUUGGGAAGGCGCACGGAAAGCCUGCGAGGCGGGUAUAGCGAUCUGGGAGGCGGACGAAGCCACCGAUUCCGCUACCGAUGAGGAGGAUGACGAGGCUCCCGUUCCGGCAGUACCCGAGCUGGACGCCAGCGUCGAGUCGAGAGACUUUGCCACUUCUCCCUCGCGGACAACCGGGCCCACAACGUCUUCAGCCGCACACUCAGAUCCGCUACUCUACCCAUCCGGAUCGCUCCGCCCCCUCGCACCUGCUCCCCCACACAAGAUCCCUCGCUCACGCCGACUUCAUAACGUCAUUCGACUCCGCAUGACACUGAACGUCAUCACCGAGAAGAUGCAAGGUGCUGAAGUGGCCAUGCUGCGGCACCAAGAGCUGUUUGCGUUUUUCUCGGCCAGGUCUGGCGAGGGAAGGCGGCAGUUUGGGUAUGGGUCAGGCGGGAUGGGGACUCUGCCGAGUAUGAGUACUGUCGGUGGACUGGGUGGAAGUUACGUGAGCGUGCUGGAAAGCGAUAGCCCGGGGGAUAGUGUUGUCAAUGGUGAGUCUUCCUUCAGGUACUUAUUACACCCGCCAACGCCUGUUCCACCACAAGGCUACACGCUUGAGACUCCUCCACGGAUCACUCACUCGACCGCUUCGUCCUCACGAGGCUACUCUACCCCCGAAGGCGACGGGACGGACGAUGAUAACGCUGGCAUGGAGACUUUGACCCGUGAUUUUGCGGAGAAGGGAUCCAUCCAGGAGAAGGACGGACGAACAUCAGGCUCGAGGAAGGGACUGGCGAAGCACCUGCACGUCUCCGGGGUGAAGGGCAUGGGGAUGGGUCGGCCGAGCAACCUUGCCCAGCGGGACCGAACGGCCUCAGCAUCGUCUGUCGCCUUGUCCGUCGCGCCCACCGCCAAGUUCUCGCACUAUCGCGGUGCCGGCCCCAACGCAUCAUCCCUCCGAGCCCCUUCUGCUCCACCCAUCAACGCUUCGGCUCCUCCACACGGCCGGACACCCGGCGAAAGCCGGAUCCUCUCCAGUCUUUGGCUCAUGUCAGCCGCGACAUUCCGGCGAUUGGGCGAAAUGGAGCAGUGCCUCGUAGCAAUCAACGAAGCCGAAAUACUCGACCCGGAGAAUGGCGAUGUCUGGAUCCAGCUGGGAUUGUAUCACUCGGCCGGCGUUCCGCCAAAUUACCCCGCUGCCCAAUCAGCCUAUACAAAGGCUGUCCUCCUUCGUCCGCUCCACCCGGCCGCAAUCAUCCACCUCAGCAACUUGUAUCUCAAGACGGGCCAGGUAGAUCUCGCGCACAGCUUCCUCAACCAGGUGACGCAGGACAAUGGGUGGGAUCUGCCCGAAGCGUGGCUACUGCUCGCUCGGGCAUGUCGUGAGCAGGGACGAGAAGCGAGAGAGAAGGAGUGUCUGAUGUUCGCACUGGGCUUGGAGGAGACGCGCGGUGUACGAGGGUGGAGGGAGGCGGUUGAUAGAUGGGUGUAA